GCGGCCUCUUUGUGUGGUGUCCUGAUAGGGGAGCGGAGGUGGCGGCCGCGGCGGCCCUGGUGGGGUUCCAGCGUCCUCGGCUCGCCCUCGGGCCGGCAGCGCGCCCCUUCCCUCCCCCUCCCGCCCCUUCCCCGCCGGCGGCGGCGGCGGCCGGGCCCGGGCUCGGACGAGGCCUCGGCGACCGCUAAACGGCGACAGCGACGCCGCGGAGCGCGCAGGGCGGGGGCAGGGCCCGGGCGGCCGACAACAUGGAGAACUCGCAGCUCUGCAAGCUGUUCAUCGGCGGCCUCAACGUGCAGACGAGUGAGUCGGGGCUGCGCGGCCACUUCGAGGCCUUCGGGACGCUGACGGACUGCGUGGUGGUGGUGAACCCCCAGACCAAGCGCUCCCGCUGCUUCGGCUUCGUGACCUACUCGAACGUGGAGGAGGCGGACGCCGCCAUGGCCGCGUCGCCGCACGCGGUGGACGGCAACACGGUGGAGCUGAAGCGCGCCGUGUCGCGGGAGGAUUCGGCGCGGCCCGGCGCGCACGCCAAGGUGAAGAAGCUGUUCGUGGGCGGCCUCAAGGGCGACGUGGCGGAGGGCGACCUGAUCGAGCACUUCUCGCAGUUCGGCGCGGUGGAGAAGGCGGAGAUCAUCGCCGACAAGCAGUCGGGCAAGAAGCGCGGCUUCGGCUUCGUCUACUUCCAGAGCCAUGACGCGGCCGACAAGGCGGCGGUGGUCAAGUUCCACCCGAUCCAGGGCCACCGCGUGGAGGUGAAGAAGGCGGUGCCCAAGGAGGAUAUCCACGCGGGCGGCGGCGGCGCGCGGGCGGCCCGAGGCGGGCGCGGUGGCGGCCGGGGCCGCGGCGGAGGCGGCGGCGGCGGCCGAGACCAGAACGGGCUGGCCAAGGGCGGCGGCGGAGGCGGCGGCGGCUACAACAGCUACGGCGGUUACGGGGGCUACGGCGCCUACGGAGGCGGCGGCGGCGGCGGCUCCUACGGCGGCAGCGACUACGGCAACGGCUUCGGCGGCUUCGGCAGCUACAGCCAGCACCAGUCCUCGUACGGGCCCAUGAAGAGCGGCGGUGGCGGCGGCGGCGGCAGCUGGGGCGGCCGCAGCAACAGUGGACCGUACAGAGGCGGAUACGGCGGCGGCGGCGGCGGCGGAUACGGCGGAGGCUCGUUCUAGAAGCCGAGUUCCGAACGAACGCCGGGCGGCGGCUGCGGCGGCGCCUCUUUCCCCCUCCCCCCUCCGCUCCCGGCCCAGGUGCCCUCGGGGGAGCCGCUUACCCUGGGGGGGGGCCGCGACCCCCCGUUUGCCUGCCUGUCUCCCUCUGAAGGUGGACUCGGCCCCACACACAUUUUUGUGUUACAGUCAUUGAUGGACUCUAUUUUUUUAUUAUUACUUGGACCUUGGUCGUUUUUAUACUAGCAAAAUGUCUUGUUUUAAUUUGUGU